GUUGGAUCAACUUGAAAAUUUUGGGGGGAUCAAUUUUAGAAUUACAAACCUUGUUAGGUACGCUUCCCGGCCCCAUCUCUUCAACCUACCGCCAAAAUCCAAAGAUUCAAAAUGCCUUAAGCAGAAGAGAGCAGCGACGAGUAAUGGACGACCAGGAUGAAGCUCUUUCAUCAUCAUCCGAACAUGACGACUCGAGCGACGAAUUCGUUUGCGAUCCACAGGAUAAUGACAUCGAUUGCGAAUCUAAUGACGACGAUGAAGACCGUAAAUCGCAAAAUGUUGAUGCUCUUCUGAGGGGUAACCUUAUUGUGAAAAGACAGUCCCUACUUCCACGAGUCUAUUCAGUGACAGAUGCAGCAGCCAAUCUUCGAAAACCAUUCAAACCUCCAAGUUCCAAUGGUUACAGUAGUACCAAUGAGCAUCUAGCCCGCCGUCUUUGUGCUCGUAAAAAAUUUGUGCCAUGGGGGUCAACAAGGCCAGUGUUUAUUGCAGUUACAAACAGGUUAACAGCCCCAGAAUCUGCUGAGAUAGAUGUGGUGGAAGACAAUCUAGAGCUGCCACCUGGUGUUGAACCUCUGGUGUUGUGGCAGCCUGAAGAAAUUCUGGAGGAAGGCUGUAAUUUAGUACCUAUAAUUGUGGAUCCGUUAGUUGUUAGGUUCCUUCGUCCUCAUCAAAGGGAAGGGGUCCAGUUCAUGUUUGACUGUGUAUCAGGUGCACUUAGUACCGUCAACAUUAAUGGGUGCAUUUUAGCUGAUGAUAUGGGUUUGGGGAAGACUUUGCAAUCAAUCACAUUACUUUACACUCUUCUUCGCCAGGGAUUUGAUGGAAAACCAAUGGUCAAGAAGGCGAUAAUUGUGACCCCUACCAGUCUUGUUAGUAAUUGGGAAGCUGAAAUCAGUAAGUGGGUUGGAGAAAGAGUUAAACUUGUUGCUUUAUGUGAAAGCACCAGAGAUGAUGUUGUGUCUGGCAUAGACAGUUUUAUCAAUCCUCAUAGUAAUUUACAGGUAUUAAUUGUUUCCUACGAGACAUUUCGAAUGCAUUCUUCAAAAUUUAGUGAUUCUGGAUCAUGCGACCUUCUCAUAUGUGAUGAGGCUCACAGAUUGAAAAAUGAUCAAACACUGACUAAUCGAGCAUUGGCUUCUCUAGCAUGCAAGCGUCGGGUUCUGCUAUCAGGGACACCAAUGCAAAAUGAUCUAGAAGAGUUUUAUGCCAUGGUUAAUUUCACCAAUCCAGGUAUCUUGGGUGAUGCUGCACACUUUCGGCGUUAUUUUGAGACACCAAUAAUUUGUGGUAGGGAGCCCACUGCCACUGAGGAAGAGAGGAAAUUAGGAUCUGACCGCUCUGCUGAACUGAGUUCCAAAGUUAAUCAGUUUAUUUUGCGGAGGACAAAUGCGUUAUUGUCAAACCACCUACCACCAAAGAUAAUCGAAGUUGUUUGUUGCAAGCUGACACCGCUCCAGUCAGAGCUGUACAAUCAUUUUAUACAUUCGAAAAAUGUGAAACGAGCUAUCACCGAAGAAGCAAAACAAUCAAAAAUCUUAGCUUACAUAACAGCUCUGAAGAAGCUUUGCAAUCAUCCGAAGCUGAUAUACGACACGAUACGAAGUGGAAGUCCAGGGACAUCUGGUUUUGAGGACUGCAUUCGCUUUUUCCCUCCAGAAAUGUUUUCUGGAAGGUGUGGCUCAUGGACUGGUGGAGCUGGGUUGUGGGUUGAACUGUCAGGAAAAAUGCAUGUCUUAGCCCGGCUACUGGCUCAACUUCGUCAGAAAACAGAUGAUAGGAUUGUUUUGGUUUCCAACUAUACACAGACACUGGACCUUUUCUCUCAAUUAUGCCGCGAAAGGAGAUAUCCCUUCUUAAGACUUGAUGGAACUACAUCAAUUAGUAAAAGACAGAAGCUAGUUAAUAGUUUCAAUGAUCCAACUAAGGAUGAGUUUGCAUUUCUGCUGAGCAGCAAGGCUGGAGGUUGCGGUCUUAAUUUGAUUGGUGGGAACCGUCUGGUUUUGUUUGAUCCUGACUGGAAUCCAGCCAAUGACAAACAGGCAGCUGCAAGAGUCUGGAGAGAUGGACAAAAGAAGAGGGUCUACAUCUAUAGGUUUUUGAGUACUGGAACUAUUGAAGAAAAGGUGUACCAGCGUCAGAUGUCAAAGGAGGGUCUUCAGAAAGUUAUUCAGCAGGAACAAACAGAUUCUGAUAUCCAGGGAAACUCUCUCUCAGCAGAAGACCUGCGGGACCUGUUCACAUUUCAUGAUAGUGUGAGGUCUGAGAUUCAUGAAAAUAUGAGCUGUGACCGUUGCCAACCAGAUGCAGUGAUGCCAGAUGACAAUACCAUAGCUGAGUUCAACACUCAGGAUCAUCAGCCUGAUCAAGAGGAUAUUGGGGGAUUUGCAGGUGCAGCUGGUUGCUUGCAUACAUUACAGAGCUCAGAGAAACAGAUAGGAGCUCCCAAGGAAGAGGACUUAGCCAGUUGGGGUCAUCAUUUUUUCCCAAAAUCAGUUCCAGAUGUAAUUUUCCAGUCCGCAGCAGGAGAUGAGGUUUCGUUUGUUUUCACUUGCCAAGUGGAUGGGAAGCUCGUGCCUGUUGAAUCAAAGCCAAAACAACAGGUGGAAAAUAGAGAUUCGCCUCAUUUCAAAGGAAAACUUAUGAAGUCCACAUUUUCAUCUCCACGUCAAGCACCAUCACUACAAACGUUGUCAUCAAGCAAGCCAUCCAGUGAGAAAGAGAACUCAUUUCCAAAACGGGAUAUAAUAUCACAAGCUCAAGGACUUUCAGCAUCAACUCCUAAUGGAAUUUCUAUGAGUACAUUACCUGCAUUUUUCAAACCUUUGAAAAAGCCAAGAAGCAAGUUAAAUAGACCUUUAGGGGAUACCACAAUAAACGAGAACAGCAAACUCUCUUCCGAGAACCGUUUGCCCAAAAAGAGAUUAUCUCCUGAUAACAUCUAUGAUCCAAGAAGCAAGUUAAAUAGACCUUUAGAGGAUACUACAAUAUACGAGAAAAUCAAACUCUCUUCCGAGAAUCGUUUGCCCAAAAAGAGAUUGUCUCCUGAUAACAUAUAUGAUGAUGAUGAUGAUGAUUUUGCCUAGAUAUUGGUUCCUUUGUGUUGUUUCCUUCUUUUGUUUCGUUUUUACGUGGUUGCACACAUUAGCAAUUUCCGAAGCUAUCAAACCAGUGCUAUAUGUUUCCAUUAUAUCGGGUCCUCGGUAAUGAACUGAAAUAGCUCUUACUAAGUUUGAUUAAUGAAAACAUUUGCACUGAAGACAUUGGUAAAAUUUGGUGGUUUGGCUCAUUCUUCUGGCCUCAGUUCAGGGAAACACUGGCAUAAGUCAAUUUUUAUGUUUUGCAAAUAUUUCCUCUUUUCUACCCUCAUGGCAUGUUUGAAAAACACUUCUUCAUAUGCCUAGACGUUUACAUGUACCGAAAAAGAAGUUUGUUUAUGGGAAUUUUAGUUUUGGUUCCCACUUUGUAAUCUCGUUUGUUUUCCCUUCCCUUCCCUUCCCUGUGUGUGGCUAUGUAUAAUAUUUUUUUAAAAAAAAAAAAAAAAAGAAAGAAAAG